CUGCAAUUGACAGAUCUCCAAUUUGAAUCUCACAACUCCCAUUCUGAAGUUGAAAUACCUAUGUAACCCAUUAUUUACUAUCCUUCCUCUUCAGUUAAAAUCAAACACGGUAUAAGAAGCCAUGGAAGCUCGAGGACAGAACGCCAACACAAUUCCAAACCAUACUCCACCUACAAUCGACGACCUAUUCGAUUACGAUGCCGGGCUUGAUGAAAUCCUCGGAGACACGGAGGUGAACCAACACAAUGACUCGUCAAAUCCAACAUCAGGAAGCAAUAAUGCACCAGCGGACUCCAACAAUGCGAGUCUGGGUCUAGAUGAGGAAAUCAAGGUAGCGCCCAAGAGAAGACCGAUUCCGAAAUUGGACGAGGCUCGAUUACUAUCACCAGCCGGAAUCCCAAAGCUCCGAAGGGAUGCAAAAAAACUCAAAUUCAGGGGGAAGGGCCACGAGUACUCUGACGCCAUGCGUCUUCUCAACUUUUACCAACUCUGGCUGGAUGACCUCUACCCCCGCGCAAAAUUCGCAGACGGCCUAGCUAUAAUUGAAAAGUUAGGCCACUCGAAGCGCGUCCAAAUCAUGCGAAAGGAGUGGAUUAACGAAGGCAAACUAAGACCAGAUGCUGUUGAUAGAGAUGAGGAAGCAAGCAAUGACACAACCCAGCUUCCGGCUGCGAACGAUGCAGUCACUCGUGAUGAGCAUGGUCAAAACGAAGAUGAAUUAUUUCCCGCUGCGACGACAAAUACUACCCGACGCGAAGCAAGAACAUCGCCCACUCGAGAAAACCUCGAUACCACUGAUGUUUCCACAGAAAAUCAAAUACCGUCCAUUUUCGGUGGCGGGGGAGGAGGUGGGAAGAUGGCAGAACACAACUUUGGCAACAAUGCUGAUAGUGACGAUGACCUUUUCGUCAGGGAUGAUCGCAACGAUAAUGCCCGUGCGAACAUGAAUGUGCCACCAGGGCAUGACGAAAACGCACCCGAAGAUGACGAGUUAGACGCUCUCUUAGCUGAGCAUGAGGGUGGUGGGAUGCCAUCAGAACGGGAACCAAAGCCUAGAACCACCACCACCAUACCGAAGGGUGCAGGCCCAAGUUCAGGACUACCGCAAGUAGGCGGCUAUGAUGAUUUGGAUGCGAUGGAUGAUUAUGAUUUUUAAUACCCCGUAAAUUCUGUUAGUUUAGGAAAACCGAUUAACCCCACAUGAAAGAAAGACAUGCAUGAUGGUAGCUCUGGCGAGCUUUUGUUCCUUUUUACUUUUCCUUUUUCCCUCUUCAAUCAAGGUCAAAAACGUGGAACAAAGAGAAUGUGCAAAUGUAUGAUAGAAUUUAUGUCAAUGCAGUGUUUGAGUGAAAAGCUGGAAAAUACAAUGAAUCGCUGAUAUUGAAAGCAGGAAAUAAGGCCCUAGAUGUGAAAUUUCUGGAAAAAAUUCUGCGGAGAAAGGCGAAAGGAAGCUUUAAAUGGAAAAUGAUAAACCAACAACAGCAUUGAAGCAAAAAAAAAAAAAAAAAAAAAAAGGGUCAAUAAACAAAAAGAGCCCAAUCAAUCAAUCUACCCGUACUAUCCCACAAUGCAAUUAACAAAAAGAAAGUAGAAGAAAUGUUAAAAUAAAAAGAAAAGAAAAGAAAAACCCGAAUUCAAAUGAAGAAAAGAGCCCUAGACAAAAAUCAACAAAAUCAAAUCAAAAUCAAAUAUCAAGAUAAAACAAGACGAAAUAUUAAAACAAACAGCAAGCUCGGAAACGAGAAAUUCUAAAAAAUCAUCUUUAAACGUCAAUUCAAGCAUUUGUCGUCGUGGCAGCGAUCUCAGUGAAGACUGAAUACUGCCCACCGGCAUCCGCCCAAUUCAAACGCUUCCCGCGCACAGCAGUGUUCUCCACGAUGGACGCGACUUCGAUAUCCUCAUCAGUCCCCUGGCCGGUUUGAUAGUUGGCAGAGAAGCCCCACGACCACGCACGCCCAUCCUUAUCGAUAGCGAUGGAAUGUUCACUUCCACUGCCGAUAUGGCAAGCGUCAAUACCGGGAAUAGCAGUGGGCGUAAUGAGGAUGCGGGGUGCAUUCCUAUCAUCACGAAUGAUAGAUGAUUCCGGUAAAGAAUCGAUUUUCAGACCGGUCUGGAA